UGAAGGCAGAUGCUCAAUCAAUGAGCCACCCAGGUGCCUCCCAGUAUUUUUUUUUUCUUUCUUUAAAAUAGAGAUAUACAAUAGGUUUUCAUGGAGAAUUUUUUUUUUUUAAUGGAAUACAGGAAAGGGAUCUACUUGACAUCUCUCCUUAGAAAUAUUGGCAGUUUUUCUUAAACAAUCCAGUUCCUCAUCUGUUGCUUUUUCAUUUUGUAUACUGCAAGUUCCCAAGCAACUCAAAUUUGCAAACACAGCUAUGGAUACGCUCGCUAUUUGCUUUACAGCAGUUAUGUGGGAAUCUAGAGGUCUGUUUUUUGUUAUUUUCCCCGCCUCUCCAUUUCUUAAUUGUAUGUAACCAGCAACAUUUAUGGUCGGAGGUUGAUUUACAAGUUGCCAAGUCUGUGGCUGAUGGUUUGCAGCCUCUAGCUUGAAGCAAGAAAAGGAUGAGUAGUCAGGAACUGGUCACUUUGAAUGUGGGAGGGAAGAUAUUCACAACAAGGUGCUCUACCAUAAAGCAGUUUCCUGCUUCUCGGUUGACACGAAUGAUGGAGGGCACAGACCAAGAAUUCAAGAUGGUUGGUGGCCAGAUUUUUGUGGACAGAGAUGGCAUGCUAUUUAGUUUCAUCUUAGAUUUUUUGAGAACUCAUCAGCUGUUAUUACCAGCCGACUUUUCAGACUAUCUGAGGCUUCAGAGAGAAGCUCUUUUCUAUGAACUGGAUCCUCUGGUCGACCUCUUAAACCAAGAAGACCGGCUACUGCCAAGACCUGCUCUUGUGGAGGUGCAGUUCCUAAGCAGAAACACUCAAGCUUUUUUCAGGGUGUUUGGCUCUUGCAGCAAAACAAUUGAGAUGCUAACUGGGAGGAUUACGGUGUUUGUAGAGCAACCUUCGGCACUGACCUGGAGUAGUAACUCUUUCCCUCCUCAGAUGACCUUACUUCCUCUGCCUCCACAAAGACCUUCCUACCAUGACCUGGUUUUCUGGUGCGGCUCCGACAACACUACUGAUAACCAAACUGGAGUCAGGUAUGUUUCUAUAAAACCUGAUAACCGAAAAUUGGCCAACGGAACUAACGUCCUCGGCUUACUAAUCGACACUUUAUUAAUGGAAGGCUUCCACCUAGUCAGCACUAGAACAUCAUCCUCUGAAGACAAAACUGAAUGCUAUAGCUUUGAAAGGAUAAAAAGGCCUGAAGUUCUCACCAUGAACAAAACACUGAAACCAGAAACUACCCUGUCGGAGCAAUCUCAGAAAAAGAAAUGAGGUCCUCUGUUCUCUUUUACAGUAAAGAGAAAUUGCCAUUUUCUUUUUUGGAAAUUCCACAUUUAUGGCAUGUAUGUUAGUCAAAUAUGUACUCAGUGUAACUCUUGUCCGUGUUUCCUAGCAUGCCAUCUCCGGCAACCAUACUUCACCAGUGCUUACGCCACACUAACGGCUAGCUGCUCUCUGAAUACCACUGUGCACUUAGUGUGUUGGCACAUGUUACUUCUACCUUCAAUGCCUCUUUCCUUUUCUUUUCUUGAAAACUUACACAACUCUCAAGAAUGGGCUCUGGAAUCAGACUGCUUGAUUUCUAAUCCCAACUUAAUCAGUUACUAGCUAUGUGACUUGGGCAUGCCAUUUAAGCUCUUUGUGCUUCAACUUCAUCAUCUAUCAAAUGAGGAUAAUUUAUCUCCCUUAUAGGAUAUAUGAAAAUAAAAGGAGAUAAUGUAAAAUACUCAACACACUGUCUGGCACAAGGUAGGCACCAAGUAACUUUAGUGAUGGUGACGAUGAUGAAGAAGAGAAAGAUGACUGGUGGCCCACUUUCAAAUGUACCUUCUCAGUGAGGCCUUAUCUUCCUCCUUUCCGAACAAGCAUAUUAACCAGCCCUUUCCUCUGUAUAGACUUACAUGCCAUCAUAAAACAAUUUUUUUUCACCUGAAUGUGAGGUCAAUCCACUCAACAAUUUUAACACUACUAUGUAUAAACCACUGCUAAACAUUUGGUGAGAGGAAUAAUAACUUUGUUACUAAUUGGCACCUACAUGUGGCCCAACAUUUUCAUAUGGGUAUCACUUAACUCUUAACUCUUGACUGAAUUAAUUUCAUUGUUAUUUAGUGUUAUUUUAAAAUAUAAGAAAAUAAUGGCAGAAGCUUGUCUUGGACAAACCACGCUGAAAAUUUUGUUCUAUCAAAUCAUAUGUACAUAUCAAUCUAUCUCAUGUGUACAAAUACAAAUCAUCACAAUGACACAUUAAGAUCUGUCAGUCCUUAAUGGGACCAUCAGUAGUUGGGUCUCCCCUAUUCUCCUACUUCUUUUAUGUGGGUUUAGCUUCUCUCCAUCACCCACAAUUUCAUUUUGGAUGAGACACUAAAUAUCUUAGCUAAUUCUUAAACCUCAAUAAUUUACCUUAUAAGUGACUGGAAGUUAUCCCUAAGAAGAUUUUCUAAAAAGGAAAGCUAAGGUUGAAAUUUACUCUUGCAUUUAAUAUACAAGUCAUAAUUACAAAGAGUUCUUAGGUUAUGGUAAAGUUGGAAUUAAUUUGAGCUGCUUUCAAAAUAUAUCUGAAAUCAAGGAGCCUGAAAUGACAUAAAAUGGUCAAGGGAAAGCACCUAGAGAAAUACUAUAUGGUUUAGGGAAUCAUAAGCUAUUUCAAAUUUAUCUUCUAUACUGUUUACAUCUGGCGCAUUUCACUUUUGCUUUAUAAGUUUUUGUAUUGGUUCUCUAUCACAAAUAAUAGAAAUGGUCACAUCACUAGAAACCUUGCUGGGAUAACAAAAGACUUGCUUAGAGCACUCUAAACCUCCCAUAUCCUACUGUUAUUUUUCCUCUGUAUUGGGUAAAUGAGCUCCUUUACAGCAAGUUUAGCAAUGCAGAAGAGCCACUAUGAGAAAAAAAAUUUUUUUCACUAUGAGAAAAUUAAAAAAAAAAAUUUAGGAAAGUUUUAUAUUUUCUUGUAGCCAAAAAAACCCAUGGAAGAAAACAAUGUGACAUCAAACUUAGUGUUUCAAAGUUCAAGAAAUAGAGUUGACAUGAAAAUAUAUUACUAAAAAUACUUAGAUUUCUGGAAUACCAAUGACCUAGUAAAAGCCAUAAUUACCAGCUUUGCCACAGAGCUACACUUCAAGAAUUAUUAGGCCUUCUAUUAGACCUUUUAGAGGUGAAAAUUAAAGUAAAAAUUUCACCAAAAAACUCAUUAUGUCAUAAAUAUUAAGCUUAAAAAAUGCCUUAAUAAUUACCUAAACUAAGAGAUAGAUCCAACCACAAAAAUCUUUUAAUGGAUAAAAAGUUAACACCUUACAUAGUGAAUGGGAAAUGAGUAUUAAGCAUGGCACAGAAUUAAAGAGCAUAACACACAGCAAAAUAAAUAGGACUUUGUUUCCCGAACUAAAAAGUGCCUAAGACUUGUCUAAUUAUACAGAGCUUUUAGGUAGGCAGCAUUCUGCACCUUCACAUUUCAUAUCAACAUCUCCAAAUCCAUAAAUCACUGUUUUAAAGUGGUUUUUUACUCUAUCAGCUGAGUAAAACACAUCCAAAACCAAUUGUUUUUAUUUCAUGAUACUCUCCAUUAUUUUAUACUCUGGUAAGAAUCUAAAUUUCUUUGGGUUCCCAAGUUGGAAGCCAAAUAGGAGAGGUUUAUCUUUCUCUCCUUGUAUUAAGAGACCCCAGGGAAGUCUGGCUGUAAUGUCUGAGCUUCCAUGAAUUCUUUUAAUAUGAAGACUGGGAUUGCACUUUCUACUGAUCGUUAUAUUCUCCCACAGUGCUGGACAUCUAAUGGUCUCAAACUGAAUUGAAAAAUCUGGAACACUGUAGUCUCAGUGAAUAGGUACUUGGAAAAACAAGAAUUAUAGUAGAUUCAAAGAUGGAUGAUACUUUAUGUAGAGUCUAAAAGAACUGAUUCAAGCUAAAGACUACAGAAAAAAAAUCCAAUGGUAUUUUUCUAUUAGUUUACUCGGGUAGGGUGCCUGAGUAGCUCAGUUGGUUAAGAGCCUGCCUUCAACUCAGGUCAUGAUUUUGGGUCUUGGGAUCAAGCUUCACAUUGGGCUUCCUGCUCUGCAGGGAGUCUACUUCUCCCUCUU